UAGUCGUGUGUGGUUGCAUAGGUCUUAUGAAUUUCCUUUAAAUUGAUCGUUAAAGUGCACUUCUACAAAGGAUGCGUUUCCUUUUUUUUUAUUCACACCUGUAGGAGGUAUUGAAGGAGUCCAGUCAACUUGAAAGAAUUCAACGAAUUAUGCGAUCGCGUCAAACUCGGAAACUUGGAUUAAACUCCGACUGACGUUUAGGAGGAAGAGGAGCGCAAAAAAAUCGAGCAGUUAAUGGUUGAGAUUCUGCUUGAUGAGAGGAGAAACCGCGAGACGCGAGCGCUUCCUCUCACCAUGAUCAUGGGCACCGUGCGCUCCUCGCCGAGUGCGUAAGCUGCUGUGGAGGAUCCACACAUUAUGAGACGACAUGGCAUGGUGUGACCGUGGGAUUCAGACUUUGCUGGCCAUCGUGGGCGCCUUCGCCGCCUUCAGUCUCAUGACUAUUGCCAUUGGCACCGACUACUGGCUUUACUCCCGGGCGUACAUCUGCAACGCCACUAAUGCCACCACGGACGACUCCCAGGUGCAAACCAGAAAAGUCAGAGGCGACCUGACUCACUCCGGGCUGUGGAGGAUCUGCUGUAUCGAAGGUAUCAACAAAGGAAGCUGUUAUCGAAUCAAUCAUUUUCCAGACGAUAACGACUACGAUACAGACAGCUCAGAGUACAUCUUACGUGUAGUGCGUGCAUCGAGCCUAUUCCCUCUUCUCAGCACCGCUCUGCUGAUGUUGGGCGGCCUGUGUGUGGGAGUCGGACGCAUCUACAACAACAAGAACAACAUCCUGCUCACUGCUGGCAUCCUGUUUGUGGCUGCAGGCCUGAGCAACAUCAUUGGCAUCAUCGUCUACAUCUCCAGCAACGCCGGGGAUCCCAGUGACAAGAAAGACGAGGACAAGAAGAACCACUACAACUACGGCUGGUCCUUUUACUUCGGCGCCCUCUCCUUCAUCGUGGCUGAAUCCGUGGGUGUUCUUGCAGUCAACAUUUACAUCGAGAAAAACCAAGAGACGCGUUUCCGAGCCCGUCGUGACUUCAUCAAAACCACCUCAUCUUCUUCACCAUACUCUCGCAUCCCAAGUUACCGCUACCGGCGAAGGCGUUCGCGCUCCAGUUCGAGGUCAAGCGACCCAUCCCGCGAGCCCUCCCCGGUGGGGAGGAAGAUCGGGAGAGGAAGUGGGGGAGGAGGUUUGGGGAUGGGUUUGCCAAUGGGGGAUAUAUCUCUGUACGCCCUUAGCAGGGACCCCCUGAAGGGCGGAAGUGCAACUGCAGGGCCCUACAGUCCAGAGAGGGACUCUGGGUUUUUACAAGUUCACAACUGCUUCCAGAAAGAUCUGAAAGAUGGAGUGAACAGGAGGACCACACCAGUAUGAGGUCAGGAGUGUAUUGCUGUGUAAAACCAUAUGCUUGAUGGAAGGCAUUAGAUAUUGUACAGUUGAUGAGAAAGGGCAAUUCCUCUCCGGGGCUGUUCAGGCAGCAACGGUGUUGAAAGGUCAGCGCUUAAAAUAGGUUUUCGUUGCGUCCCUCUGUGACAGAAAAGUGCCGAUCUACGUUUCAUUUGGUGGAAGACGAAAGGUGAUAUUAAGAAUAACCUUUUAUGAUAAGACUGUAUCUGAAAAGUGGAUGCAGAUAUUUUGUAGCAAGAGUUAAAUAAUAAAUGCUGAAAAAUCGUCCUUGUUCUGGCAUUCUUUUGACAAUUGCCUGAUAAAUUAAUUAAGCUUUUAAAUGCUGAAUAUUGAAAUCAGGUAAUGUUUUUCUGCUAAAAAUACCUGGAUAGUCUUUUAGAAAUCAAAUUAUUUCUUUUAUUGUGAGACAAAAAAAAAUUUGUGAAAAUGAAGUGAUUCAUGUGAUUGUUUGAGUAUUAAUGUAUUGUAUUUGCAACUUAACACAACUGGUGCUAACUUAAUUUGUACACCUUUGAUAGUCUUAAGCCUUUUCAACUGCCAUUUAAAUACUUCUACUCUAUCUCAAAAACCUCUCACAAGCUUGUAUGUGAGUCAGGUAGUAAAUAUGCUUGCUACAGUAUGUGAAAUGUGUGUGACACUGCCAUACUAUGACACAUGUAUAGCAACACAGUCUCAUGGAAGUUUGUGAAAUCGUAAUGAAAUGCAAUCUAUUGGUUUUGUGUACUGGGACAUGCAUUGUCCGUAUUUUCGUGUCGCUCUAAACUUUUUUUCUGGACGACAUUACAUUUAAAAAAAAGUUAGGUUCAGGCAACAAAACCACUUAGUUAGGUUCUGGAAAGACAUCAUGGUUGGGCUUUAAAUAACUAUUUACAGUUACCACAACAUGGUGUCGAACACCGGUCUCGUGGAUGAAAGUGUUUGUUGGACCCAUCCACCUCCUUCCCUGCCCUGCACCGCCCUGCCCCGCCCUGCCCCGCCCCGCCCCGCUCUGCCCCGCCCCGCCUGCCCCGCCCACCAUAAACAGUCUUUUUGUAUAUUAAAUACUACAUCACUUGCUCUGAUUGUUGCGUAGUCAUGGAUGCAUUUAAUGUAUGUGUCCACCAUGCAAAAGGGUCCUAAUUGACUUUCGAUUGGAAUUAUUUUUGUUUUGAACGACAGACAAUUCCGUCUUAUGCACACAAAACCAAUAGAAUGCAUUCUGUGACUAUUGCCCGACCUGCCAUGAUAUUGGGCUGCAUACAGAUAUCUGUAGAUAUACAUCAACAAAAAUGACUAUAGGCGCACAUAAUGUCAGUACAUUUCAGUCUGCAGUGUGACGUAUCAGCGUAAACAUUAUUUGUACAGACUGUGUACUUCGCUCUCCAUUUGCUCAGGGAUGAUGUGUAGAACAAAUGAUUAUUACUUUUAGAGAUGUAGAGCUAAUCAUGAAAGAGAACAAAUAUGUUUACGGUAUUUUGGUUUUCCUUACCGAAGCCUCACAGUUUAUUAGUUGGCACGUGUAAAUACAGAGGAGAGAUCACGCUGUGUGUGUUGAUGUUAACUCUUGUUUCUGUAACUACUGCCUUUUACGUUCAGAGGGUUUUUGAUAUGUUUGUAGCCAAUGCAUAAGUUCUAUUUAAAGUAUUUCUGUACUCUUACUGCCCUGUAUUUUGACAACAUUCAUUGCAAUUAUUAAUGCAUGACAGAUAUUGAAAGAUUGCACUAUUAUGGCAAUGGACAGCUACAUUUGUAUGCAAAUCCAGUUAUUUGUUGGUCUAUCAACCAGAAAAUUACAUCCAUUUUACAAGCAACAAGCACAUUGUGUCACAUGGUUUAAUUUUGUCCUGUAAGGUUUCUGUGAAUCUGUGAGUGUUAACGGGUCACAAAUUGAGCCAGUGUUUGAUGGAAAACUAUUAUAUCUAACCAACUAAGCAACAUGAUCUUCUUAGCCACAGAUAAUUCUAUUAAAAUAGAUAGUUUAGAAUGUUGUAUGACAUGCAGAGAGGUCAACGUAGAUUGACAUGCCUGGACACGUGGGUAUGCUGAGUCUGAGUAUCUGGGAUAGCUUCCCGGUGACCUCUGACCAGAAGGAUUAAAGCGGUGGGCAGCAACAGAAGGCAUGAGAAUAAUCACCUGUUGCAUGUGGACAGUGGGGGCAUUUUAUCAUCCCAUAUAAAUGUGUGAGUUGUUGUAAGAGCUCUAUUAAGGACUUUUAUUGUAUUCAUUGGGUUUUAGAAUUGCAAGUCUUUGGAAAAUGUGUUGUGUUGUUUGUCAGUUUUUGGAUUUUUUUAUGUUAUGAUCUGAUUUCCAUGUGGAGAGGAUGUAUCAUUAUGGAAAUGAUUGGUUUAUUUUCUCCUUUGCUUAUUUCAGCCAAAGGUUGUGAACAAUCCACUGCUGAAAUGGUGCCCCACCCAGGGUGACUCCUCCCCUCUCCUUCCAUGCUGGGAAGACAAAAACCUUAACCCUGAUGUUUUGCAUCACAAUUAAAGAACAGCAAUUCUAAAUAGUUAAUGGGGACACUCAACUUAGCAAUUACAGUUAACUUCACCUUUAGACCUGCUUGUGGUUUAAUGGCAAAUAUGAACAGAGAAUUGAUUCACUGCAUUUGCUAUUCUUAGAGGAAGUAUUGUGCUUAUGAGACGAAGCUGAUGGGUCUCCUAUGCUCUGCUAUGAAAUUGUGUGUCAGACAGCCGGGCAACCACAGGGGGUUAAAAUAAAUCUACAUCAGGUAACUUAAUGCUUGAUUGAACUAACAGGCUCCCAAAUGCUCAUCCAGACUUCAAAAAGCAUUUUUCUUGAAACAAGAGAUGGAGCAAAGUGAGCAUUGUAUGUGUGUGAAGGGUUAGUACGAGUUGAAUUUACUCUUUCUUUAGUACACGCUUGACUGGAUUAAAACAGUGCCAUGUGAGGGCGUGGAGUCUCUGCAGAGAGUCUCUGCUCUGUCAGCUGUAGUUGUCAUUCAAGUCACCGAUGUAGAGAAGGGGAAGCCUUGAAUUAGAAUAGACUUCUUUUCAUUCUGCGUUUGUGUGAUGUAGCCUAUCUAUGUUAUACCAAACUGGUCUGAUGACCUUGUUUUCCAUUCCAGCCCUGAAUUCAAGAGUCUUUUCACCCCUCUCCUCUGUCCAACACCCAGACUGUUAAGCCCUCUGAAUUUCAAUGCCGCUAACCCUCACUGAUAUUUUCAUUCACAAAAAAGCUGCACCCCCACUCCCUCAUGUCGCGCGCCAGUGAAUCUUCCCCUCCGGUAAUUAAGAGGAAAAUGGCGGGGUCAAAACUCCAUGCAGUCACAGGACUAGUCAACAUGCUUGUCGGUACCCUUGCUGUGCAGAAAAGAUAAAAUAAUGCUUUUAAACUCUACUAUACUCAGUAUACUCAGGUACUGUCUUUGCACCUUGAUUUGUUGACGUGACAAAUGGUUCAGCAGUGUUUCACACUUCAGGUAUCUUUAUACUCAACCUGAUACACCUGAUGCCAUAACAAAGAUUUAUUUUAAAAAGUACUUUAACAGCUAUAAUUUUAGUGAUAAAAAGCUACUUCAAGAUAUUUCGGAUGUAGUUGCAGAUCGUACAUCUCUUGUAACACAUGAAGGGAUGACAAAGGCUCAUUUUUGAACGAUAUUAAAAAUAUGAUUGGCAGGUGUAAGUGUUUCAAUGAUUUGUAAUCAAAUUGGGAAUACAUUUUGUAUAAAAGGGAGCCAUCAAUUGACACUAGAUUUUCUGCAGCUUAUCUGAAAACAAGCAAACAUCUCUCACUGUAAACCUGUGACUAUAACCUAAUUACCCUUUAAACAUGCUCUAACGAAGGAGGGUAUAACCCUUCACCUAACCCUUCAGCUGAUAUAUGGAGCCCGUUUCUUCCUCCCUUAAACUCAAACUAAAUUAAAUGAUACUUCACCACUUGCGUGCAUUAAAGUUUUUGUUAUGAUUCAAUUAUUUAAUAAAUAACCUCCAAAAAGAAAGAGUGUAUAAAAUCAAGACAACUACAUGAGUAAGAGAUUUCAAUAUACGUAUUAAAUUGGUACACUAAAGAACUGGGGCCAUGUGAAACCUUUUUUUCAUUUUAAAGGUACAGUGUGUAGCAUUUCAGGAAUUCUACUCGCGGAAAUAGAAUAUCAUAUUCAUAUGUUUUCAUUUGUGUAUGAUCACCUAAAAUGGAAUUGUUGUGUUUUUGUUGAGCUCUUUAUAUCCAGAUAGGGAGCGGGUCCUCUUCAAGGAGUCGGCCGUGUUGCACCGUCAUGUUUCUGGAGGAGCACAGAAAGGACAUAGCAAACACUAGCCAACUAAUGCCACAAUAAAGUAGUGUUAUUAUGGUAAGGAAGGCCUUUGAGUGAGGCCAACAGCGAGACCAUGCUUUUGCAGUCUUUGAAAGGGAGGAGUAAACGGAGGGGUAUUUAGUCGGUUGCAAUUUGCGACCACACCACUCGAUGCCACCAAAUCCUACACACUGUGCCUUUUUAGUAAUUUUUUCCAUAACUGUGGUUUAUAAACUUCUGGUGUACAACCCUCAACCUUCUAUGGUCUGCUUGGAAUUCUUACCCUUUUCUGUUUCGUUCAGGACUUGCAUGUUUGGUGAAAUAGAAACAUAUAUCAAUAGUGUAUCAUUUAUGGUACUACUGGGCCUGUAAAUACCAAGUGUCUUUAAUUAUUUCCAUGAGAGGUUUGUAAUGUAUCAUUUUGCUGAUAAAUUACUCUGAAAUAAAAAAGUGAAUAGAA